UCACACCACAACCAAUACCAUCAACACUUCAUUUCUUACUCUCACUGAAAAAAAAUAGCUUGUUCACACCAUCCUAUUUUUUCAACUCAUAUAUACAAAUAUAUAUAACAUGGCUUCUACCUUCUCUCGAAGCCUAGCACUUGUAAGCUUUUACAUUGUCGUUUGUGCUGCCGGUAACUUGAACCAAGACUUUCAGCUUACGUGGGGAGAUGGUCGUGCUAAAAUACUCAACAACGAAAAUCUUCUCACUCUCUCCCUUGACAAGGCCUCUGGCUCUGGCUUCCAAUCCAAAAACGAAUACUUAUAUGGCAAGAUUGACAUGCAGCUCAAGCUCGUUCCUGGAAACUCUGCUGGCACUGUCACCGCCUAUUAUCUGUCUUCAAAAGGAUCAACAUGGGAUGAGAUUGACUUCGAGUUCUUGGGGAAUCUGAGUGGCGAUCCAUACAUUCUACACACCAAUGUGUUCAGCCAAGGCAAGGGCAACAGAGAGCAACAAUUCUAUCUCUGGUUUGACCCAACUGCAGAUUUCCACACUUAUUCAAUUCUUUGGAAUCCCCAACGCAUUGUUUUUUCUGUGGAUGGCACCCCCAUCAGGGAAUUCAAGAAUUUGGAAUCAAUAGGAGUUCCUUUUCCAAAGAGCCAACCGAUGAGGAUAUACUCAAGCCUAUGGAACGCUGAUGAUUGGGCCACAAGGGGUGGACUCAUCAAGACUGACUGGUCCAAAGCUCCUUUCACUGCAUCCUACAGAAACUUCAACGCCAAUGCUUGUGUUUGGAACUCUGGAAAAUCCUCAUGCAAAUCAAAUUCUUCACCUUCCUCUGCAUCUCCCACUAAUGCAUGGUUAUCACAAGAGCUUGAUUCCACUGCUCAGCAGAGGUUGCGUUGGGUGCAGAAGAACUACUUGAUUUACAAUUACUGCACCGACAACAAGAGAUUUCCUCAAGGCCUUCCACUCGAAUGCAAACACUCCUAGAGCCUAUAGGACUCACAUCUCGCACUACCCAUAACAAGUGUUGCAAUAUAAUCUUAUGAACCAUUCUUUUAAUUUUUGUAUUCCUUUUUUUUUUUUUGUUCGAUGCUUGAGUGCUAUAGUGCUGUUAUUAUACAAAUAUACAAUGUAAAAAUAUCCCAUGUAAAAUAAUGCUUCUGUUUUUUUUUUUAAAAAAAAAAUAAUGCUUCUCUUGUUUGUAUGACUGAA